AUUAUUAUUAUUAUUAUUAUUAUCUGCUGAGCAAAGAGAGGCAGUUUUGUGUUGUUUUUGUUUUGACCCCCAAAUAACCAAAAAACCAAAUCCCACCGACAAAUCAAAAGGAAAAAAAAUGGAAAAUCGAGCGAAGAAGAACAAUAACAAAAAGCAAAAGCACCACCACCAAUCCGGCGGCGCCACCGCUAAUCCACCACUUUCCGAUUUCUCCUUCAAGCCUUCCGCUGCCGUCAAAGGCCUCCGAUUUGGCGGCCAAUUCAUCGUCAAAUCCUUCACAAUCCGGCGAGCCUGGCCUCUCGAAUUCCUCCAACUCCUUUCUCUUCCACCGCGCUACGACGGCAGCGGCGGCGGCGUCGAUGACGAUAACAACAACAAACGACUUCCAUUCAAUUCCACGGCGGCGUUCGUCCCGACGAAUUUCACGAUUUUAGCGCACCACGCUUGGCACACACUGACGCUCGGUCUCGGCACAAAGAAAUCGAAGGCGAUUUUGUUCGUCUUCGCGACGGAAGCUUUGAAGGCCGCCGCUGGCCGUCUCUGGCCAGCGGAAAUUCCACUCGGCGAUGUGAAUCGGCGGCUGAUUCGGGGAUUAAGCGGCUGCGAAAUGGCUAGGUUUAAAUUUAGAAAAGGAUGCUUGACUUUUUACAUUUAUGCGGUCCGUGAAAAAGGCUGCUUCGGAUUCUCCGCCGCCGAUGAUUUGAAAACGAUUUUGCAGGCGGUUGUUUCGCUCAAUGAUUUUUUGGACCAUACGGCCAUGAUCGCCUUACCUAAUCAGAGAAACAUUAGUUACGGUGGCGGCGGCUUUACGACGCCGCCGGUCGCCGUUGUUCAUUGAAUCUUAAUCCUCUGUUUCUUCUCCUUAAAAUUGAUCUCUGUUUCUCAUCUUCUUCUUCAUUUUUUUAAAAGAAAUUUCUUGUUUGGCCUUUGAAUCAUUGAAUCUUGCUGCAACUUUUUCUUUUCCCUUUCCUUUUGAAUCAUUAGAUUGGAUUAUAAUCUUAUAUCAAGAAAAUGAUCCGUUUAACAUUUUUUAGUUGUAAUUUUCAUAUCAAUUUCCCCGGGAAAGAAUGUAUUUAGAUCAUCCAAAUAUAGGGGAGAGUCAGCAAGCUCUUCUUUUCCUCAAUUUCAUAGUUUGUUCAUCCAA